AGAGAGUUCGAGUUUACCUCAUUCAUUUCAGUCCGCGAAAAUCGCGGAUUGAAGAUGGACUGACACGCACACAUAGACACCAUGUUUUGUAUUUCGUUUUGUUUGCAUGUGCCACAUGCACUAACACAAUCAAGCGUAGUUCAUGUAUACAAAACUGAAACCUGUUUUCGGCCGACUGUCCAGUCCAGUGUGCGUUCGAGUGGUGGACUGCUCAGUCCGACUGAGCAGGCUAGUGUGCGGAGGCCCAUUGUCAGUCACUUUAAACACAAUUUAGAAUUAACUCUUCCUUAGUUAAAGAAAGGUACAAAAUAGUGGUGCUCGUGAUGUUAACAAAUCCUUUAUACUAGGUUUACAAAUAAGUAGAUUAUCUUCAUUUUCGAACUUAACUCCCUAAUCUGUAAUUGGUUUCAUUGUGCCGCCUCGCCAUGUUGAGUACGAUUUGUCAGUCAAAAGUAUCCCUGCGAUGCAGAAUAGAUUUUCUAUCUGGCUGAGCCUUAAAUCGGCGGCCGAUAAAGUCCAUUAUUCAACAAUAUUGAAUCAUGCAUAAAGUCUGUGGUGUGCGGUGGCUCUUAAAAAUUUUCAGAAAUGUGGCUACACAACUUUAUCGAUAAACCUAUAUCAUCAAUAUACGCCCUGUCAUUUCUUUUUUGUUUGACAGAAGGCCAUAUGAAUCCGGUAAACAAAAAAUUGUGAGAAAAUUAAGAAAGUUCAUUUAUAUUUUCAUUACUCGGUUCAAAAUAAUUUAAAACCAACAAAAUGGGCCGACGUUCCAUUAAUACCACGAAAAGUGGAAAAUACAUGAAUCCAACUGAUCAAGCACGGAAGGAAGCUCGUAAAAAGGAACUGAAAAAAAAUAAACGGCAAAGGCAAAUGGUUAGAGCGGCCGUUCUCAAAAAUAAGGAUCCUGGUCAGAUUUUAGAAGAAAUGGAGAAAAUCGAUGAAAUGGAAUACAAUGUGCUACAACCAUCGCCUUUAAAUGAGAAGGUUCUUCGUGAUAAAAGGAAGAAGUUGAAAGAGACCUUUGAUCGUGUGAUGCGACUUUACCAUAAUGACGAACCCGAGCAUUGGGCAGAGUUGAAGCGUAAGGAGGUUGAAUACGAAAAAAAACGUCUGAAGAAACAACAAUAUUAUGAAAGCGUAAAGCAUGCACAGAGUGUACAAAUAGAUGAAAUUCCUUUACCAUCAUCCGCACAAGGACCUCCUGCUGCUGGUUCAAACAAUAUUAUAGGGUUCCACGUUUCUAAUAGAUUGCCCCCUCCGCCAACGGCUUUGUCUUUGCCACCAUUCGCACCUGGUGCACCACCGGGUGCGAUAAAAAAACCAAGUGAUCCCGCUUCUAAAGCUGCUGACAAGUCCAACGACACGAAAAAGAAGGAAUUUUUGGGUGUUCCGCCAGGACUAGCACCUAAUCUUCUUGAAAUGAAUGACUUAGACACAGAUGCCGAAGAUGAAGAAGUUGAACUGAAAGAAUAUACUCCAAAAUUAAGAGGCGGAAAGUCAAAGGCAAUAAAUAAGCCAAAUUCAUUGCAGCAGCGAAUGUUAGCAAUUUCUGGGCAGAAUAUUGAUGAAUUUAUGAAGGAAAUGGAAAGCGUGCACAAGAAGAAAGAAAAAGAGCGAGAGGCAGCCAUGCGUGGAGAUGAGGUUUCAACGUCUGAUGACGAAGGCAAACUUAAAACAUCUCAUAAAUCUGAUGAUGAAGAUGGUACACCUAUAAGCAGUCGUAGUUCAGAAGACUCAGAUAGUGGUGAUGGAAGUGAAGAUGCUAAACGAUCUCCUAAGAGGAAGCGAAACGAGACAAAAAGCCCGCAGCAUGAGUAUAUUUCUACCGCUGUUAUAAGUGGACCUGCGGCAGUACCUGUAUCCAUACCUUUGCCACCUGUUCCUCUUCAUGCUGGUCCACGCCUAUCAAUUCCAGGUCCACCAAUGCCCCCAGUAGCUGGUUUGGCACCAUCUAUGAUUUUACGGCCACCUCCAUUACGCCCACCUGGCGCCCUACAUGCUUUUGGUAUACGAAUGCCCCCAGGCCCACCACCCGGACCACGCCCUCCUGGCAUGGGUGGCAUGCCACCAAGAAUGGGAAUAAGAAUGCCACCAGGUCCACCGCCCGGAAUGCCACCUCGAAUGGCACAUCAUCAUAAGAAUCAUCAACUAACCCACAAAGACCAAAGUAAAGGUGUAACUACAAUAACUGCAAAACCACAGAUUAGAAAUUUAAGUGCCGACGUUACACGCUUUGUACCAUCCACGUUGCGAGUAAAGCGUGAGGAGACUCGGAAACCUGGUACUCGACCUAAGUUGAUUCAAGAACCAAGUAAUCAAACAGCAGAAGCCAACAAAGCAGCUACAAAGGACGAUGCAUAUAUGCAAUUCAUGAAUGAAAUGCAAGGAUUACUGUAGUGCUUUUGUCAUGAACUGUAAAUUACUAUCUAUAUAUAUACAUAUAAAAAUAGUGUGAAAAAUUUA